AUGGCUGAAAAAAGUGAACUUCCAGGUUUAACCACAGCAAAAAAGAAGGACAAUGCUACUGUUGACCCAGAAAAUAAUAACGAAAACAAUAGUGAACAAGAAGAAGAAAUUGUUCCACAAACAGAUGAAAAUAAUGAAAACGAUGAUAUAGCAAUGCAUGAUUAUGACAAUGAAUAUUGGUAUGAUGUUGAUGAUGAUGACAAAAAUAACAAAAACAUUGAAAUUAAUAACAAUAAUAAUAAUUCUAAUGUUUACAAUACGGAUAUUAGCGGUAGCGAUAGCGAUGUUGAAGGGGAAACGUAUCGAGAUUUAUUAUAA